CUUCAAGGCAUAGUAGAAUAUUCAUACUUGUAUACAUAUAUGUGUGUGUAUAUUUUAAUAUGGUCUUGCCAACAUACAGUAAUUGUGCAUAAAAGGAAUCCAGAUUUGCCUAGACCAUACAAAAAAUGAUAAAAAUGCACAAAGAAACAAUAUUACCUGUUUAUUGAAAAGCCAUAUUACAGCAUUGAUUGGAAAAGAACCUUCCUACUGCUUCAAGUUGCAUGCUGAUCACUGGAUUUUCUAUAUAAGAAAACAUUGGUUUUUUAGCUAGGAAUAAUGCAAAAUGAUGAAUGUGUGUUGUGAUUACUGUACUCUCAUGUGAUCUUUUGUUUCCCACAGCCAUGGGUAUCUUUUCUGUACUUGCUCUACCGUUGCUUCUCUUAGGGAUCAGUGGAAUUAUUUAUAUUUACCAGUCAGUCAGGUGGCUGCUGUCCAAGUCAGCUGUGCAGAACAAGGUAGUGGUGAUCACAGAUGCCAUCUCUGGACUAGGCAAGGAAUGUUCUCGUGUGUUUCAUGCAGGAGGAGCAAGGCUUGUGUUGUGUGGCAGGAACUGGGAAAAGUUGGAAGCCUUGUAUGAUGCCUUAAUUAGUGUGACAGACCCCAGCAUGACAUAUGCACCAAAGCUGAUUCUCCUGGAUAUCACAGACAUCAACUGCAUUCGAGAUGUAGCUAAGGAGAUCCUGAACUGCUAUGGCUGUGUGGAUGUGCUGAUCAACAAUGCAAGUAUGAAGGUGAAAGGAGCAGUGCAGAGCAUUUCACUGGAACUUGAUAAAAAGAUAAUGGAUGCCAACUAUUUUGGACCUAUUACAUUAACCAAAGCCAUUCUUCCUAACAUGAUCUCAAGAAGAACUGGCCAAAUUGUUCUAAUUAAUAGCAUCCAAGGGAAAAUAGGAAUUCCAUUUCGUGCAGCUUAUGCUGCUUCCAAGCAUGCUGCUGUAGGCUUUUUUGAUUGCCUGAGAGCUGAAAUGGAAGAAUUUGAUAUUUCUGUCAGCACUGUGAAUCCAACCUUCAUCUGCUCAUACCAUCGCCAGCCAGCACCAGGCAACUGGGAGGCAUCUAUUUGGAAAUUCUUUUUCAGGAAGGUGUCCUAUGGUGUGCACCCCGUGGAGGUGGCAGAGGAAGUCCUUGCCACAGUGAGCAGGAAGAAGCAGGAGGUGCUCAUGGCCAAUCCCAUCCCCAGAGCAGCAGUUUACAUCAGAACAUUCUUCCCUGAGCUGUUUUUUGCCAUUGUUGCCUCAGGGAUUAGGGAAAAGCUGAAGACAGAAGAGGAAAAUUAAUUUUGUUCAAUUAUUUUCCAUGCUUUUGACUUGAAAAAAAAAAGGUUUCUGUUUUGAAAGUGGGUGACUUGUGCUGCUUGCCAUGGUUGAAUAAUGCCACUAUCAUUGACACACACAUUCAUCUAGAAAGAUUCUACUCCUCUGCUUUUAGGGAUUAUGACAAUGUGCCAUUGGAACCAGCCUGCUCUUCCUGCGGCAAGUCCCACUGCUCAUAUAACUUCCAGCUCCAGCUCAUCUCAUACCUCAUUCUUCAGUAGAGCCACUAAACAUGACAGUUCUGAGGGCUAAGGAAUAUCAUCUUGCAGGGACAUGAAUCUUUUGCUUUAUCUCUAAUUAAACUGCUCUGGCUCCAAGGAACCUGACUCAGGGAAGUUCUCACCACUGGGAUGAAGGGUCAGUUCACCUGCUGGAGCUCCAUCUAUUUUCUGCUGGGGUUUUGUUGUAGUGUGAGUGAAUAUGCCUUAACUGGGAAGUCAAACAGUUAUUUAUUCAAAAUUGUCUUGAUCCUCAGCAGAACUCUGCUCCUUCAAACCAAUGGGCAUUUGCUGUGAUCUCAGUUACAUUUUCUUUCUUUACCUCAACAACAGCCAAGUCCCCCACAUUUCCAUAACAGCAAGAGUAAGCAUGAUUUCAUCAGGAAAGGAUCAGGCACCACAGGACAUCCCAGCUGAACAUGAAUCAACACUGUUUGUGGCUGCCCCUGGAUCUCUGGAAGUGUUCAAGGCCAGGCUGGACAGGGCUUGGAGCACCCUGGGAUAGU